CCCACGGGUGAUUAUCAUCUCCACAUCUUGAUUAUCAUCAGCCAGACCUGAGAUCAGCUCUCACAGUCAAGCAAACUGCUCAUCCUGAAAACAUGGACGAGGAGGUGAUGGAGCAUAUAUUUUUACUAGUACUGGUCACACUGCUGAGUGUUAUGCAGAAUGCAUUGUUUGCUCAGAAAGUUGAAAAGGAAUGUAAGGCAAAUAAUGGCAAAUCAGCUGCAUUUGACCGACUGUCUUGUGCCAGUCGAAACUGUAUGGAUGCAUAUCCAACAUUCCUGGCAGUCAUGUGGUGUGCUGGAAUCUGUGUCAAUCAAGCAGCCGCAGCCUUUGCUGGAAUUGUAUAUCUUGUGGCCAGACAAAAGUACUUUGUUGGAUACAUGGGAGAGACAUCACAGAGCACCCCUGGUUUUCUGUUUGGAAAACGAGUCCUCUCCUUCCUGUCCCUCAUGUGCAUUGUGGGUGUCCUGAACUACCUGCUGGUCACCUAUGGGGGCAAUGACUAUAAAGAGUACAUCCAAACCAUCACCAAAGCAGCCUCUACUCUUCUCCUUAUCCCUUAGUCAACCUGAGGAGACCUUUCCAUUGCUUUGCAUUUUGAUCCUGUGCUAAUCUUUGUUACAUUUUUCAGAUGGAGCACAGUUACACCUACAUAUCAAAACAUUGAUGGUUUUAUGGCUGUUAAGACCUCUGUAAGCUAGUAUUGGGUUGGUUAUUUGCUCAAUAGCCUGAAGAAAGUAAAGGUCACUUUAGUCAGUGUUACUGACGUGCAUGAUUAAUAUCCCAUCUGCUGUAUCACAACUAUAUUGUAUGUAAAUUUUCUUGGCCAAUGAUUUGGAGAAAUUAGCAGGACAAUUGGUUUAAUAAACCAGCUUUCUUGUCAAGUGAAAGCUUUUUUUUUUCCAACCACCUAAGAAAUUGUUUUAAAUUUCAGUUGCAUCAGUGACCAAUCUGACACAGUUUUAAGUCAUUUUAGCUGCUUAAAAGCUCAAAUAUUUUCAUGAUUUCUUUUUAUCCUAUGUAUAUACCUAUGUAUCAUGUAUCCAUGCAACCUAUAUUGCUUCGGUUUACACAAUUGCAACAUUCUAUUUCAUGUAAUAAUCAGGAAAAAAUAUGUUGAUUAAUGUGUCACUCAUUAAUAAACUAGAAUCUUUUCAUUUAAUUUAAAAA